CCAAAACCUCGCCGCACCAGCCCCGGGCCCGGGCACGCAUCCCCAGACGGCGUCACCGCCGCCGUCAGUGGUGGCGGGUGGGGCCCCGCCGUCGUCUCGGCGAUUUCGAUUGCUCCCAACCGCUCUUUUUUUCUCCGCUCCUCCCCCCGUGCGCCUUCGCGCCUCCCUCUCCCUCCGUCCGCCCCGCCGCCGCACGCGCACGCACGCACCCGGCUCGCCGCGUCGCGCCGCCGCAGCAGCGUGCGGAACCCUAGGAUCGCGGGCUGGCGGCUUACGGCUCUGGCACCGCUGCCUGAGACCAUGGCGUCCUGCGGGUGCCUGGUGCUCGAGAAGGUGGAGGACCACAGCGGCGAGACGGCGCGCGGGAGGGUGAAGGUGGCGCCGGCCGCCGCCUCCGGGUGCGGCGGAUCGUGCGCGGGGGUGUGGAGGAGACGGUCCGAGGCCAUUUUCCCCAUCUACGUCAUGGGGAGCUCGCGGGCGAGCACCGUGGCGGCGGCGCGGGGCAUCCUCGACUCUGCCGAGGACCCCAUAUGGGAGGCCGUCAAGUCGGAGGCCAAGUCUGAGAGCGAUGUUCACAUUUCACAGGCAGAAAAGGAGCCUAUUUUAAGUAGCUUCUUGUACGCCAGUGUGUUGUCUCAUGAUUGUCUGGAGCGAGCGUUGAGCUUCGUCCUUGCAAACAGGCUUGAAGAUCCAACAUUGCUUGCUACUCAACUAAUCGAUAUUUUUAAUGAUGUUAUGAUGAAUAACAAAGAUAUAUGUCGUUCCAUUCGCCUUGAUGCUCAGGCCUUCAAAGACAGAGAUCCAGCUUGUGCGCAAUAUAGCUGGGCAUUGUUAUACCUAAAGGGUUACCAAUCCUUGCAAUCGUAUAGGAUAGCUAAUGUAUUAUGGAACCAGGGACGUAAAGUUCUGGCUUUGGCACUGCAAAGUCGUAUUAGUGAGGUAUUUGCUGUGGAUAUACAUCCAGCUGCCAAAAUUGGUGAGGGAAUAUUGUUGGAUCAUGGAACGGGCCUAGUCAUUGGUGAAACUGCUGUAGUUGGAAAUUGGGUUUCGUUAAUGCAGGGUGUUACACUUGGAGGUACAGGCAAGGAACAUGGAGACAGGCACCCCAAGAUCGGUCAGGGUGCUCUUAUUGGAGCUGGUGCUACUAUCCUUGGCAAUAUAAAUGUAGGUGAAGGUGCCAUGAUUGCCGCGGGCUCCCUUGUUUUGAAGGAUGUACCUCCCCACAGUAUGGCUGUAGGUAAUCCUGCAAAGGUAGUUGGUUAUAUGGAGAAAGAAGAUCCUUCUUUAACUAUGAAACAUGAUGCAAGGAGAGAUUAUUUUGAGCAUGCUGCCAUCAGAUAUUCAGAUGAUUGAUACAGCUAAUGAUGACUCUUUUAUCAGUGGAAGAUUUGUGGGGUGAAAAAAGAUUUGCUGUUUUAUUUGCAGGAAGUAUUGUUGAGUGAAAAAAAAAGGUUUCAUCAUAUUAUUGGCCCGAAGUCUUGACUCUUGAAAUUAGAAUUCAACGAAAUGGGAUGAAGCAAACUAAUGCCAUUUUGGACAUUUCAUCGUGUGCACUAUAGCUGGAUAAGUUGGUGAUCUUUGAGUGCUCCUCUUUCUGCCCAGGCAACCUAAUGAAGAAGUUGAAAACGGGUCACCACUCACUAGGGCACCCAAAUCUGCCAGUUACAGUUUUUUUGUACCUUAAUCUGCUGUAAUAACGUCAAGCAUUUUGUUGGCAAACAUGUUAGGAAACUAGGAAUGGUUUAUUCCUAUAUAUGUAGAGAUCCCCAAGAUCAAACAUAUACUGAUAUACGGCAGCCUAGACCUCAAUGGACAAUGUUGACUAGCUUUAAUGAAGCUAAAGCAAUACCGAGUGGUGUCGCAGACACACACUAGGAUUGCCUAUGCAAGUCCAUCCGAGAAGCCUUCAGUGCUCAUCUUUUAUAGAAAGUUCAGAAAUUUCAUAACACAGUUA